AUGCUCAAUAGUCUUUUUAUUGUCAAUACUUCAGGUGAUGUUAUACUGGAAAAACAUUGGAAAUCGGUGAUUCAUCGAUCGAUUUGUGACUAUUUUUUCGAUGCUCAACGAAAGGCAAGUUCCCCAGAAGAUGUACCUCCAGUUAUUUCAACACCUCAUCAUUAUUUGAUCUCUGUAUAUCACAAUCAAAUCUAUUUACUGGCGGUAACCACAUCGGAAACCCCUCCAUUGAUGGUUCUUGAGUUUUUGCAUCGAGUCGUGCAAACGUUUACCCAAUAUUUUGACGAGUGCUCUGAUAGUGCGAUCAAGGAUAAUAUUGUUAUCGUUUUUGAGCUUCUCGAUGAGAUGCUUGACAAUGGAUAUCCUUUGGUGACUGAACUGAAUAUCUUACAAGAUCUCAUCAAACCGCCGAACUUCUUGAGAAAUAUUGCAAACCAGGUGACUGGUCGAACGAAUGUUUCCGAAGUUCUCCCCACUGGUCAACUAUCGAAUAUACCAUGGAGAAGACAAGGGGUGAAAUAUACGAACAAUGAGGCGUACUUUGAUGUGAUUGAGGAAAUCGAUGCCAUCAUUGACAAACAAGGGUCCACAGUUUUUGCCGAAAUACAAGGAUAUGUUGAUUGCUGCUGUAAAUUAUCGGGAAUGCCGGAUUUGACGAUGACUUUGGUGAAUCCCCGACUGUUGGACGAUGUCUCAUUUCAUCCGUGUGUCCGCUUCAAGCGAUGGGAGAACGAACGCGUGCUUUCCUUUGUGCCACCAGAUGGAAAUUUCCGACUACUCUCUUAUCAUAUUGCAGCUCAAAAUAUGGUAGCCAUUCCUGUUUAUAUGAGACAUUCAAUUCAACUAAAAGGCGGUACUGGAAGACUUGAGUUGACUGUUGGACCGAAACAGAGCAUGGGGAAAAUGUUAGAAGAAGUCGUUGUCGAGAUGUCGAUGCCCAAAGCGGUACUCAACUGUAGCCUGGUUCCUUCACACGGGAAAUACUCAUUCGAUCCAACAAGUAAACUCCUUCAAUGGAAUGUUGGAAAGAUUGAGCUGGGAAAACCACCAACACUCAAGGGAACGGUAUCGAUCUCGGGAACUGCUGCCUGUGAACCGCCGCCAAUCACUGUCAAGUUCAAGAUUAAUCAACUCACCGUUUCCGGACUAAAGGUGAACCGUUUGGACAUGUACGGAGAGAAGUACAAGCCCUUCAAGGGAGUCAAAUACAUCACAAAAGCCGGACGUUUCCAAGUCAGGACA